GGGAAGAGGUUGGAAGAAGAGCCGCUUCUACUAGCUCCCCACUGGCGGCUUCCCUUUUAUUAUUGUUUUUAUUUUAAACAUGUUUCUGACCUGCGGGAUGGCUCCAGCCGCGGCUUCCGCCGCCACUUCCAUGGAUUACAAUGGAGAUUUCCAAGCGGGUUAUCAGGAAAUCGACGGCAUCAGUUUGGGUUACCUGCAGAUUAACGGCACGAGGAUGUUUGCUCUGACCCAGGUCUUCAGCGACCUUUUUAAGGACAUUCCUCGGGCCGCCGUGAGCAAAAAAAUGGAAAGCCUCCAGAUCCAGAGUCGCCGGUGCGACUUGAAGGAGCUGCGCACUCUCAAAGCCAUCCAGUCGGUGCCAAUGCGCGCCGUCAAGUGUUCGCUCAUUUCCAAGGCAGACCUGGAGGCCCUCUGCACCUCCUGCAAGGCCUUAACUCCCAGGAGGAGGAAGAGGAAGAGGAAAGUCAAGAGGAGGGAAGCCGAGGUUCUGUUCGAGCGGCCCCGGUUACUCCCGGUGUAUGACGAACCCGACCACCACGCCUUUCGUGCCACUUUGGGUGCCGGCUGCGCCAAGCGCGAAGCGCUCUUCGGAGCUCCAUUUGCUAGGAGCUACGAGAAACCUGCGCCGCCUUCCAAAAGCUUCAGCCGGAACGGUAGAGCGCACCUCCUGGCCGGCGUCCUCAACGCUUACCCCGGGGACUUGCAAUUCCUGCACUCGGCAGUCAGGGCGCACGGAACCGGUCAACCGCCUCGCGAGCCGGAGAUCGGGCGCCCUAAGCGCUCCACUUGCGGCUGCCUGGCCAAGAAAGGUCGCUCAGCCUCUACCGCAGGCUCCAAGAGGCAAGGUACGUCGGCUGGCUAUUCCAGUGAUUCGGAUUCCAGCGGCGCGUCAAGCCCGGCAACUUCCAGCGAUUCUUCGGAAGAUGAGGAGGAGGAGGAGGAAGACGACGAUGAAGAGGAGGAGGAGGAGGAGGACGAAUCUUCCUGCAGUAGCGAAGACGGCAGCUCCUCCGGGUCAGAAAGUAGUUCUCUAUGCAGUGGCGACUCAGUGCAAAGCACGCGGUACAGACAGGCCGCCCUUCCCCGCAUCCCUCCCCAAAAUGCAUCUUCUCAAGUCUUUCCCAGCGUGCCCAAAGCACUGCGCCCUGACCCGAACUUGAUCUUUUGGGCCAGGACGUUGCGCGCGUCCACUUUAGAAAGUUUCAAGCCGAUUGCUACCACUACGCCCAAGGAGCUUCAGCAGGACAGAUCGGAGGCCCGGCAUUCUCGUCCGGUCGGCCCUAGCGAAAGACCGCAGCCAAAGAACGUAGGCGUCAGGGAGGCGUCGGAGUUGGGUGUCCAGGAGGGCGAAGAGGCCGACUUCCUGAGCAUUCCCGAUGGUGUCCGAGCCGAUGAGCAGGAUAAAACCGAGGAAGCCGCGCUUCAGCAGAUCUCCGAGGAAGGGUCAGGCAGAGGGGCCCAUUUCGACCGGCUUAUCAGGCAAUCGAAACUGUGGUGCUACGCCAAAGGGUUCAACGUGGAUGGGAAAGGGUUUCGCAGAGCCGAGCAGGCCAAAGGGUGUUCUCCCACUUCCAAAGCUGGCCUCCUUAGCCUGGCCAACAGACCGCUGAAAGGGAGCAGCGACUCGGAAAGGAGUGCCAGGAGAAGUCGAGUUGACCAGGCCAAAGGGAGGCCCCCCAAGAUCCCGAGGAAGAAGACCCCAAAGGGGGGCACCCCGCCUUGCAAGCGCUUGCUCAGUACCAGUCCAGGGCCUGUAAGGAAUUCAUUUACUUUGAUGGGCACUUUUCCAUGUACCCCCGCAUUAGUCGUGGGUUCCGAUGGGGAUCUGUGUCCUGCUUCCUCCCUAUGCGUCAAAGACUCUUGCACCCUUGCCAAAACGCACCCACUUUGGACCUGGCAGCUGGGGGGCAAUGCCAUCCCCAUGCCUCCCAGCCUGAAAUUCGGGGGAUAUGGUUUUGAAAAAGUCUAGAUGGAAGAUUUUAAAUUAGUUUAUGUGCAACAAUUUGUCUUUUGUGGAGGGAAGAGUGUGGAUGGGAAAGGAAAAAUAGUAUAUAUUCUGUAAAGAAAAGGAAACUGAUCUUGCAAUCUCAAGUACAUAAACUUGGAAAUAACCUUUUUGGUUUCAGUGGCCUUUAAUUCCAAGUCAUGUGAUAAUAGCAAUUGAUGAUGUUUAAACUCAUUUGCCCCAAAGUAAGACUAGCUGAAAUAGAUAAAAACGUUUUUUAAAUAUAAAAAGUGCAAUCAAAUAUAUAAUUAUUCAGAAGGAAUUUUGGGAUUUAAUUAUGUAUAAGUGGCUGUAAGUUUGAAGCCUAAAAGUUUUCAAAAGAAGAAUGGACUUUUGAUUCCCAAAUAGCUCAAGUUUUUUUAAAAAACAAUCCUGAAAAUCUCCAUCUCUUGCCAUUUCUGACAUUCCUUUAUUUAUGCCAUUGGCUUUGUUUUAAAGAGCCCAUCCAAACAGUAAUUCUUAAUAAAAUUGCACACCUUUGAAACUAUAAAAAUUAAAUCUUACUUGGCAAUGAUUAUAGGGAGCCAAAAUAAAUGAUUAAAAAGAAAUGUUGACAGUAAGAGAAAGUAACUUGAAAAUAAAGUUGAGUAUAAAUAUCUAAUUUCUAUGCUUUAGUUGGGGAUACAGUGUUUUUGUUCAUGUUGCACAUUUAUA